AUGAUGAUGGAAUACGGUGGAUACUUCUCAAGUAGUGCUGUAGCUCAGCAAGCAGUGGAUGUUCCAACUUCUGCUCCAUCUUCAGUUGCCAACUCGUUCUUCUACACUCCACAAUCUCAUAAUAUCUAUCAUCAAUACACAACUCCAUACCUUCAAGGAGGAAGAGCACUCACCACAGCUCAAAAUUCAUCGAGUUCUUCCACUGGAAACUCCACAUCUUCAUCUAGUACUUCUAAUUAUAGAAACUCAACUCAUGACUCUUUGCAAGCUUUUUUCAACACUGGAUUGCAAUAUCAACUGUAUCAAAAGUCUCAGUUAAUUGGAAAUGAGACAAUUCAAAGGACAAGUAAUAAUGUGUUGAAUGGAAUACAGAGGAAUUCUUUGGUUGGAGCCCUUUGCUCAUCGGGUGCCCCACUGAACCCAGCUGAACGUCGAAAACAACGUCGAAUCCGAACAACAUUCACUUCUGGACAAUUGAAAGAAUUGGAGAGAGCAUUCUGUGAGACUCAUUAUCCAGAUAUCUAUACGAGAGAAGAGAUUGCAAUGAGAAUUGAUUUGACUGAAGCAAGAGUUCAAGUCUGGUUUCAGAAUAGAAGAGCAAAAUAUCGGAAACAAGAGAAAUUGAGAAGAGUCAAGGAUGAUGAGGAUCCGGCGAAGAAAGAGAUUCUUCUAGACGAAAUUAUUGAUCAGAUUUGA